UUGAAAGACUUAAUUCAAUUAAUCUUCAAAACUAAUGAUUGUAUUUUUUUCAUUCUUCCCAUAUCAGUUUCUUCAUCUGUAUCUCGCUGUGCAAUUCGUGAUAGGCCCUAUUGCCUUCGCCACGACUUCCGAGAGUCAAUCUCUCCUGAACCCUGUGGCCACUUUCGCCACGUUCGUUCUGAUGGACGCCUCAUUAGCCACCCUUUUCACAGACCUAAACAGCUCCGAUAUCAGUCCACCUUGUCGCCUUCGGCUCAUCGACCAUACAACAUGACUCCACUGAGUGCUUCUUCGACAUUUAAUCAUGCUAUCUCGACUCUUUCCAGCACCACUGGCAAUUCCGUCGCCUCCGUCGCUGUUGAUACCAUUACUUCCAGCUCCAAGCUCUUUCUUGAUGCCAGAUGCCUCCCAGUUCGAGUGGAGCCAUCUUGCUGGCCGAAUGUCGAAGUGCCGGGAACGAAGACAACAUCAUCACUGUCUGCAGCUAUUGCCAUUGAUCAGUUACCUAUGCGUUCUCAGAAUCUCUCAUUUCGCCAAGGCAGCUAUGCCUCACCUUCAGAGGUCAUGUGGAGGAAGCGUGGCUGCCGCAGCUCUAUUCCAAUCAUGGCAAAUACCUCGACAGGUUUUUCAGAUCAGCAGCUUGUCCGUCUAUUCAACGCUAGUAACCGCGGGGGCAGGGUAAUGAGCGGAGCUGAUUCCGCAUCCACUCUCUCUCGGAUUGGCAGCUCUACUAGUUCCUCAGCGACCCCACCCAGUUGGUUAGUCUGGAUCAUAUAUGCCUUCAUUCCGUCAUAA